GCUAGUGGCUGUAUAUUUUGUAACCAAGCGGCUCGUAUGCUGGCUGCAGCCAGGGUGGCCCAGGUCGAGGGCUACUGAGAGUCCAUGGUCUCGUUGAAUCACAGACCAUCAGGGGGCCUUACUGCGAAGCUAAUAAUUACGGGAAAUAUCUGGAUAAUAACAAGCCGGGAACGAUGGUCUGCUACAGCUUGACCUUAUUUUGGUUUCAUCUGGUAAAGUGAAAACGGAUGAUAAGAUCAUCAUUUUGGACCAUAUGACAAUUAAAGUCUCUUAUGGACAAUCACAUUCCAGUUGUUAAUAGUACACUGUUGGUGACUUAUCUGAAGCAAAAUCGUUAUCUCUUUAAACGGGCUCCUUUUGAAACUCCUUGGCCUCCUCACACAUUGAAAGCUGAAUCCAUACAUGCGAAGUGGCAGGAUGACGGAGGCGUGGCAGCAGCAGCAUGCUGUGGUCCCACCGCCAGUGGUGCACACCCUUCCCCCGGCCUCCGACAACCCUCUUGGCUGUGCAGUUUAUGGGGUUGUCCUGCAACCUGACUCAGCCCUCCAGCAACCACAACACAGCCAGCAUGGCCAACAGCUCUCUGUGCCCUCCCAACAGCCCUCCUUACAGGUAGGUGGUGAGGGAGGACAUAAGUGUGGAGCCUGUGGCCAUGAUAUCUCUCACCUGGCCAAUCCACAUGAGCAUCAAUGCAUGGUAAACCAGGACCGUUCCUUUCAGUGCACGCAGUGCAUGAAGAUCUUUAGCCAGGCUACUGACCUGCUGGAACACCAGUGUGUACAAGUGGAGCAAAAGCCCUUUGUGUGUGGCGUGUGUAAGAUGGGGUUCUCUCUUCUCACCUCGCUAGCACAGCAUCACAAUGCACACAACAAUGGAAACAAUCCCAUGAAAUGUUCCAUCUGUGAGAAAACAUACAGACCUGGCUCUGGAAAUGCCACCCCAACUUCUUCCGCUGCUAACCCUCUGCAGGCAUCUACUGGCGAAGCUUCCAGCGGUGGAGCUUCGAUGGGUGCCUCAGCCCCAACAGCGUUUGAAGCCUCCGCUCCGGAUAGGCCCUAUAAGUGCUCAGUGUGCCAUAAGGGCUUCCGCCAUUUGUCAGAGCUGUCACGUCAUGAACGAGUGCACACAGGUGAGAAGCCCUACAAGUGUGACACGUGUGACAAGAGCUUCAGCCAGUCAUCUCACCUGGCCCACCACCAGCGCACCCAUAGCUCGGAGCGCCCAUACAAGUGUGCUGUCUGUGAGAAGUGUUUCAAGCACCGGUCGCACCUUGUGCGCCACAUGUACGCUCAUUCAGGUGAGCAUCUGUUCAAGUGUAAUUUGUGCGAAAUGCACUUCAAGGAAUCGUCUGAGCUCCUGCACCACCAGUGCCAGCCAAUAGGGGAACGGCCAUUUCGUUGUGGCUCUUGUGGAAAAGGCUUCAAGCGUCCGUCAGACUUACGGCAGCACGAACGCACCCACUCUGAGGAGCGUCCCUUCCAGUGUGAGGAAUGCCAGAUGAGCUUCAAGCAGCAGUACGCACUGGUGCGCCACCGCCGCACUCACAAGAAUCCUGCAGACCGCCCAUUCAAGUGUAACCUGUGUGACAAGGGAUUCCUGCAACCAUCUCACUUGCUGUACCACCAGCAAGUCCACGGCAUGGAGAGCCUGUUUAAGUGUGCUUCCUGCCAGAAGGGUUUCAGCCAAUCGGGAGAACUGCUUAGGCACAAAUGUGGCGGAUCAGGGUCUAGCUCUGCACCAGUGGAGAAGCCAUACAAAUGUGAUGUGUGUGGUAAAGGAUACAAGAAAAAUUCAACACUCCAACGACACCAGAACUCUCACUGCACGGAGAAACCUCUUAAAUGCUCCCUGUGUGACCGACGUUUCGUAUCAUCUUCUGAGUUUGUCCAGCACCGUUGUGACCCAACUCGAGAGAAACCGCUAAAGUGUCCGGACUGUGAAAAGCGCUUCAAGUACUCCUCUGAGCUACAACGCCAUCGACGUGUUCACACUGGAGAGAAACCAUACAAAUGUGCCAGUUGCGAUAAGAGUUUCAAGCAACGUGAACACCUGGCCAAGCAUCAGAGUGUACACUCCCGGGAAACCCAGUUCAAGUGUGUGUGGUGUGGUGAGCGUUUUGUUGACCUGACAGCCUUGCAGGAGCACACAGUCCAACAUACUGCAGAAGGAAGUGGCUAUCCUGCGGCCCCCUGCAUUCCAUGAUUUAGCCAACCAGAGGCCCUGUGCACAGUGAGAGUAAGGCCCUCUGGGCAUGGAGUAUCACCGUAUACCACCCAACUUAUGUAUAGACACAAUCAUUCUUUGCAUUUAUAGACACAACCUGUACCUCACCUUCCAUGUUGCAUAAAAACAUUUGUCUCCUUUUGUUGACGGAGAGAUGCAUCUUCAUCUUCAUGCAUAAACUGAUAUCAUUAGAAAUUAGUUUGCUAAUUUUUUAUCCUCAACUUACAAUUUGUCCUGAUAAGUGACUUUGGGUCUUCCUAACUUCAUGUGAUGGCCCGCAUCUACAGAAGGCAUGUUCAUUGGCCAUUGAGGAAUCACAAAAUGCAACUUUAAAAAAUAAUCGAUGUAACGGAGAAAGGUAUUCUAAACAAUUGAAGAUCAAAGGUGGAGUGUGGGACCUCCUACCAUUGCAUGUGUUUUGUCUAAAGUAAAAAAAAUAAAAAAUAAAAUAAAAAGAAGGUAGGAAAUUCCAUGUGCCUUUAUGUUGGUCUUAGUGUUGUCUUUAAAUUGUUUUCCUUUACAUUGAUUUAUUUAGUUUCUGCACUGCUAGAACCCCUUCUUAGAACUCUGAAUACUCUUGCAGGCUAAUCCCAAAACCGCUGAAGUAGGCUAAAUGAAAAGGUUUUUGCAUGAGUAUUUGUGAAUUCAUUAUUGUACAUUGGCGUUGAAUUAUAGUUGUUUGUUUCUUUCACAACUGUAUAAAGAUAAGUCGUUCAAUUGUAAUAGGUUAUAUCUUAUACAAUACCAUGCCAAGUAUUUACUUCCUAUUAUUAAACAAUUCACUUUUUUUCAACCUUAUAGAUUAAUUUCUAAAUGACCUUUUCCUACCUGCCUACUUACACUAACCCAAAUUGACAGUGUAUACAAAUAAAUUCUCUAAUUUAUCGAAAAUAAAACGUAUAAAACAUCUCUGAAAAUGUAACUGGAGAUGACACUGAGCUCAGAGUUCAGUUUUGAUUCUGGUCUGCUACCAAAAACCCUUGACUUGCGGUCAUUUAAAAUAUCCCCUUCUGUCUCAGUGUUCAAGAGCAUAGUCUAGUGUACAAUGCUGAAAUUAGACUGGGUGGUUGAACUGAGUGAUUUGUUUACAAGGGAGUGAAUACUUUUGCAAAUAUAUGUUUUGUAAAUAUGUUGUACAUAAUUCUUGUAUAAUAAUUAAAUGGCAACUGUUAUUUGCCAUUUCCAAAUAAACUUAGCUCCGUAUCCUGUAUGAUUUAAAACUGUAGAAACACACCAAUGUGUACUGGCUCAUACCUUCAAUGUUCAUCUACUAAUUAUUUGACAUACUGUUUGUAUACUUAGCAUAGAUAUAUAUGCUCAUAUAGAGGAUUCAAAUGUACUGUGCUUCUGCUACCUGCUUUUCUACUCAGAUCAUACUAGAGAUGUUAAGGACAUGUUGACUGCACUUUUUUCACUCACCUCAACUUCAGAUCAGCAGUUACUGUGUGAAAAAAAAAAACUAAAAUCUAUAGGUAAUCAUUAUUUAGUCUGCCUUAGUUGGUGUGUGGGAUGUUGCCAUGAAUCUAACCUUAUUUGGAUAAAUUCAUUAUUGUUCUGAGUUGCCUCUGAGAAAGUUGUGUUAUGACUGAUGUUAGUGUAAAUGUUGAGGGCAAAUUAUAACAAUGUUAAUGUGUGCUAGUUAUACAUUGUGCUAUUUUAUAUAUUAACAAUAAACUAUAUUCCCAGUUUCUCUAACCAAACCUUGGAAGGAUUUAAGAUGGGAUAUUUAGUUUGACCAGUCAAUCAGGAGUAAGAAUUCAGUCACAUGUAGUAUAAGCACUUUGCCAACAAUAUGCCUCGUUGUUCUGCAUGUCAGUGCUGGUCAGCUAUGUUGUGGUGCAUAUGCCUCCCAACCUAUUUCAUGUGGAAAUGCACUCUAGAGCAUCAUUCGUGUGGCAAUGGAGAUAUGUGCAUUGAAUCUUUGAAAAUGUACAUCAUGUUCAUACUGUAAACAGACAGCGCAAAAAAAUAAAUAAA